CCUGCCUUCAACUCUUUUCCAGUGAAAAUUAGGGCUUCAAAAUUGAACCCUAUCCUCACUCUUUCAGUGAAAAAUAGGGCACAAACUUGAAUCCAAUUCUGUCUGCAAUUGUUCAUGGUUUUUUCAGUGGAAAUCAAGGCACAAGAGUGUGGACCAUCCUGUAUCUUUUUCAGGGAAAUCAGGGAAUGUAAAUAAGGUCCAUAUUGCAUUCACUCAUGGUAUUUUCAGCCUAAAUUUUGGGCAGCAAUUUUUCAUUUUUUUUAAGCAGAAAUUAGGGCAUACAACAGAACUCUUAAAACCCAGAUACUCAAUUUCUCUUUCAUGGUAUUUAUCAGUAGAAAUUAGGGCAGAAAAUGUGCUCGAUUCUUCAUUCCCUCGUGGCUUGCUGUAGUGCCAGUCUUCCAAUUGCUUUUAGGGCAUCAAGGUUAAGCCAGAGAGCUGCUUAUUCGACUUCUUCUCAGUUCAAUGGUGGGAUUUCUAUGGUUCAAGGAGCAUCAAGAGGAAUCGGGCUUGAAUUUGUUAGGCAACUACUGGAGAGGAAUGAAAAUGGCCAUGUCAUUGCUACUUGUCGGAAACCUGCUGCAGCAACGGGUCUUAUAAAUAUGAAAAACAAGCAUCCAGAGCGCCUUAGCAUACUGCAAUUGGAUUUGACAUCAGAAAGCACCAUUGAGGAAACUUCUCGCACUGUCAAGGAAAAAUAUGGGGUCUUGCAUCUUUUGAUUAACGCAUCUGGAAUUCUGUCCAUACCCGAUGUUUUGCAUCCAGAAACUACACUGAGUAAAGUGCAGAAGUCCUCCUUGCUUUUAUCUUACGAGGUUAAUGCAAUCGGUCCCAUUUUAGUAAUUAAGCAUAUGUGGCCACUUCUGAAAGCAGGAGGAGGCCAUGUAACUGAUCGGGAAUUUGCAGUUGUAGCAAAUUUGAGUGCAAGAGUGGGUUCUAUUGGUGACAAUGGUUUAGGCGGAUGGCAUUCUUAUCGAUCUUCAAAGGCAGCACUUAAUCAGUUGACAAAGACAAUAUCAGUGGAAUUUGCAAGGAGGAAGGAGCCGAUUGUUUGCAUUUUGCUUCACCCCGGUACUGUGGACACAGACUUAUCAAGGCCAUUCCAGCGCAAUGUGUCUCCUGCUAAGCUUUUCACCAAGGAGUACUCUGUCCAAAAGCUUCUCAGUAUCAUUGAUGGUGUGAAAACUAGUGAUAAUGGGAAAUUCUUUGCUUGGGAUGGUCAAGAAAUUCCAUGGUGAGCUUAUUUAUUUAUUUAUUUUUGUAGAGCAGCAUGUGAUUUGCUUUCUUUGUUUUGUUGAUUAUUUAUCGAUAAUUAUGUGUACUGCGGCAUGAUCAGAGUAAAGCAAAAGGACUAUUAUUCA